AUGAAGAACGCCCUCGCGUUCAAGCAUCUCGCAGAGAGCCUUGUGCUCCCGAUGAUGGGCAUCGACAAGGGUCUGGAGAGCAGUUAUCUCAUCCCGAGACCGAUCAACAAUCCCACGAUCUACCCUUAG